AUGGCUGAUGUUUUUUCCGAUCCUUCCAAAAAAAGUUUUUGGAGACGUCAUACAGCUGCAUUGCCAGGAAGUGUCAAACCAGUGGAAUCCAAAACAGGGGCAACAAAUAUGGUAUUUGGAGCACAACACACAUAUGGAGAGAUGUUAGCACCAAAAGUUACUGAUAAAGAAAAAAAAAGUACAAUUGGGAUAAAGGCAGAAAUUGCAGGACUAGUUCAAGCUGCAUUAAGGCAACUUAGUUGGUCUGGUAUAUCAGAUGAAUUAAGACCAAUGGCUUGGCAAUUAUUACUUGGAUAUCUUCCUUGUAAUUCUGAUCGACGAGUAGCAACUUUAGCACGUAAAAGAAAAGAAUACGAAGAUAGUGUUUCACAAGCUUAUUCUAGGGGGAUUUCAGGGUUGGAUCAAACCAUAUGGCAUCAAUGUCUUGAACGUAUCCUAUAUGUAUGGGCUAUUAGACACCCAGCUAAUGAAAAUCCAGAAAUUUAUGAUCCAAGUAAUCUUCCCAAAGAAGUAUUAAAUGUUAUUGAAGCAGAUAGUUUUUGGUGUUUAUCUAAAUUACUAGAUGGCAUUCAGGCAGAAGGAACAGAUGGCUUUUCGGAAUUUCAUUUAUAUGUGUGUGCGGCAUUUUUAGUUAAAUGGUCUGAUAAAAUAAGAUCAAUGGAUUUCCAGGGAAUUAUGAUGUUUUUACAAUCAUUACCAACUUCUAAUUGGGGUGAGAAAGAAAUUGAACUUUUAGUAUCUGAAGCAUAUAUGUGGAAAACCUUAUUCCAUAAUGCACCUAGUCAUUUAUUAAGGACUUGA